CGUGAGGAAAAUUUCAGUGUUAUUUCAAGAUGUUUUCGUAAUCCUUCGACAUCACCACUUCAAUAUAAAAGGAAAAAUGCACACAAAGGAAAAAAUUCCCAUCGAUCAGAGAUUGUUGAUUGUCAUUGCCAUUAGCUGAAAAAGCUCACUUGUCAACCCUCUUCAAGUGAUUUCAAAUUACUACAAAGAAAAAAUGACUUCUCUUUAUUUUUCUGAAUUGAACAAAUUGAAAAAUUCUCAAAAACAACUUGAGAGAUACCAAUCUACCAUUAUAAACCAACUAUCAAAGAUAGAAAAUUCUGAAUCUCAGCAAUUAAUUGAAUAUUUUCAAACGUCCAGGUUGUCCUGUGAUAACAUUAAUUGUAAAAUAGAAGUGCAGGAUAUUUUGAAUAUAUUAAAAUAUGUACGAAAAGCGGUCAUCUUGGAAUGCGGCAAUACUAUACCAGAUUUGGAGUUAUUCAAAGAAGAUCUCAUAAACGUUAUAAAUCGUAUUCAAGACGUAAAAGUACAAGCACAAGUGAAAAUAGAAGAGUUAUCAGCAGCAGAAAAUCAGUUAAAUGAAGAUAUAAAACUAUACAGUGAAAGAUUAUCCUUAUGGACAGAGACAUUAAAAUUAGAUUCAUAUAAGAAUGAAGUCAGUUCAAAGAUAGACACAUCAAAUAAUGAUAUCCCUAAUGAUGUUAAGAAAUUCAUGGAUUUUGUCAAAGUUAGCAAGGGUCAUGAAAAUGGAUGGUCUCUCACUGACCAUCAUUUAUUUUUGAAGUUAAGGAAAAAAUUUCCUGAUGUGAAUGAAUUAUCCUUAAAUCUUCAUGAAAUAUUACCAGAUUUAACAGUGGAAGAUGUGAAGAAACAUGAACUCUGGUAUAGUAAAUAUGUGAAGUUGAAGGAAAAAAAUGAUGAUGCCAUUAAAAGAUGGCAAGAACUGAAGAAAGAUAUUCAGACUACAGUUGUCAAUCAGAAUUCAGUCCAUUCAGAAGAGUCAGAAAGAAAACCUGUCAAAACUCUCAAAAAAACACAACAAAAAACAAAUGAAAGGAAACAAUUACAAGAGGAAAUAGAACACUGGAAGAAGCAGCGUGAAACGAUGAAAAAAAUACAACAAAAAUUGCAAGAAGAACAAAAAGAGGUGUUGAAACUAAAAGAGAAAAAGAGAGAACAAGAGAAUGAAAUGAAGAAAGAUAUAAUAAAAAAAUGGAAGGAAGAGAAACUUGCUUCAGAAGAAGAAAAAAGGCGACAUGAAGAAGUGAAAAAUUCUAUUAAACAACAUGUUAGGACUUCAGUUGCUAAUAAGAUGAUUAAAUAUUAUCAAAUACGGGAUAAAGUUACAGCUAAAAAAUAUAUUGAACAUAAUCAAAAAAUCAACUCAUCAGAAAAAAAAACAAAUAGUAGCUCCAUGAGUAGGGAUCCCAAGAGACUUUUUAGACCAACACAACAAUGGAUUCAUAGGUUUUUAGCCAGUAAUGAAAAUGAUACUAUCAGACCAGUAAAUUUUAUUGGCAGAAUACCUAAAUUACAAACACCUUUGUGGAGGCAGAAUUUAUAGAUAUUUGAAGACAAAAAUUAUCAUUAAGUUUGAAUUCUUCACCAAACUACCAUUUGUACUUUUACACUGUAUAAAAUAUAAUAUUAACUGAAUAGACUUUUUCAAAUUAAA